CAUUUUCAUUGAUUUCGAAUUCCCAGAGAGAGAGAGAGAGAGUUGGUGGAGAAGUUGAAGUUGAACAACACAAAACUGUUGGAUAAAAAAUCACAAAAAUUAAAAUUUGCCCACCAUUUCUGCCUCAAUAUUUUCCUAAGCCCACUAUUUCUGCCUCCCCCACUAUCUCUCUUUUUUCUGGAGCUGUCAUUUCUUAUUAUAAAAUCUGCAAAUUCUUGGCAAAUCCAUCAAAACUCUUUCUUUCUUUCUUUUUUUUUUUUUUUUUUUUGGCUGUGGCAUCUGAUUCUGGUACCUGUCUUGAUACCAUUUUCACGACCCGAUUACAAGCAAUUGUUAAGGUAGCUGUGAGAAGUUUCUGUUCAGCCUAAAAAGAUGGAAUCAGGAUGUUGGCACGUUGAGAAAAGAGUUGGUUUAAAAAGCGAUUCGUUCCGGAAAGACAAUGAGAAUGUCCUUGAAACUGGGUGUCUCUCAAUUGUUGUGCUUGGUGCUUCUGGCGAUCUUGCCAAGAAGAAGACUUUUCCGGCACUCUUCAACCUUUUUCGACAGGGAUUUCUACAACCUGAUGAGGUUCACAUUUUUGGCUACGCAAGGACUAAGAUUUCAGAUGAUGAGUUAAGAAACCGCAUACGGGGAUAUCUUAUUAAUGACAAAAAUGCUUCACCAGAGCACGUGGAGAAAUUAUCCAAGUUUCUAGAACUGAUCAAAUAUGUAAGUGGUUCUUAUGAUUCUGAGGAGGGCUUCCGGCUGUUGGAUAAGGAAAUUUCAGAGCAUGAAUUAUCAAAAAAUAGUGUGGAGGGAACAUCUCGGAGACUCUUUUAUCUUGCACUUCCUCCAUCAGUUUAUCCAUCUGUCUGCAAGAUGAUAAGGAAUUUCAGCAUGAAUAAAUCUGAUCUUGGUGGAUGGACACGGAUUGUUGUUGAGAAACCUUUUGGCAAAGAUUUGGAAUCUGCAGAGCAACUCAGCACCCAGAUUGGAGAGUUGUUUGAAGAACCACAAAUUUACCGUAUUGAUCACUAUCUGGGAAAGGAAUUGGUGCAGAAUCUGUUGGUUCUUCGUUUUGCAAAUCGCUUCUUCUUGCCCCUUUGGAAUCGUGACAACAUUGACAAUGUACAGAUUGUGUUUAGGGAGGAUUUUGGGACUGAUGGUCGUGGUGGAUAUUUUGAUGAAUAUGGAAUUAUUCGCGAUAUCAUUCAAAAUCAUCUCUUGCAGGUUUUUUGCCUGGUUGCUAUGGAAAAGCCUGUUUCUCUCAAACCUGAGUACAUCCGGGAUGAGAAAGUGAAGGUUCUUCAAUCAGUUCUUCCAAUUAAAGAUGAAGAGGUUGUUCUUGGGCAAUAUGAAGGCUAUACGGAUGAUCCAACAGUUCCUGAUCAGUCAAACACUCCAACUUUUGCAACUGUAGUUCUGAGAAUACAUAAUGAAAGAUGGGAAGGUGUCCCGUUUGUACUUAAGGCUGGGAAAGCAUUGAAUUCGAGAAAGGCAGAAAUAAGAGUUCAAUUUAAGGAUGUUCCUGGUGAUAUAUUCAAAUGUAAAAAACAAGGGAGAAAUGAGUUUGUAAUACGCCUUCAACCCUCAGAAGCCAUGUACAUGAAGCUUACGGUCAAGCAGCCUGGACUGGAGAUGUCUACCGCCCAAAGUGAAUUAGACUUGUCAUAUGGGCAACGUUAUCAAGGGGUUACAAUCCCAGAAGCUUAUGAGCGUUUAAUUCUUGACACAAUAAGAGGUGAUCAGCAGCAUUUUGUUCGCAGAGAUGAGUUGAAGGCGGCCUGGGAGAUCUUCACACCUCUUCUGCACAGAAUUGACGAUGGUAAAAUGAAGCCACUUCCAUACCAACCAGGCAGCCGAGGUCCUGCAGAAGCAGACAAACUGCUAGCAAAAGCUGGUUAUGUUCAAACACAUGGUUAUAUAUGGAUCCCUCCCACCUUGUAGAUGCAGCUUGCUUCCUUUUGUUAUGUAUCUAUGAUGUUGCCUGCACUUGGUAUUGUAUGUCAUAAAAAUUUGCUUUUACAUACUGUUUAUUCGGAAUAAGAAUAUGGUAUGGUCUGUAUUGAGAAAUACUUGCAUUAUGCAAGCAGCACGAUGUAUUUGUAUUACCAUUAUAAAUAAAUUGUUGAUGUUCAUGGCUUCA